GCGCGCCCGGAUCUGGAGCGCGCACCCCGCCCCUAAGCGCGGCCAGCCGCGGCCUCCCAGUGUGGGCGGGGCGUCCGGGCCCGAGGCGCUCCCCGCGCACGCGCACUGGCGGCCCCGCGAUGGCGGCGCCCGAGGAGACGCUGAGGAGGCGGAAGGCGGGGAACUCGGGCCCCGAGCCUGAGACCCCGCCGGAGUCAGGGCGCGACCCCACAGGCUGCCCGGCCCGCCUCCGCACGGGCACUUUCUGGCUGACCAGGAUCGUGCUCCUGAGGGCCCUCGCUUUCAUUUACUUCGUGGCGUUCCUGGUGGCUCUGCACCAGAACAAGCAGCUGAUCGGCGACCGCGGCCUGCUGCCCUGCCGGGCGUACCUGGAGAGCGUCCGGAGGUACUUCCAGGGCCGGGGAGGCUGGGACGCCGUGAGCUACGCGCCCACCGUGCUCUGGCUGCUGGACUGGUCGCACAUGAACGCCAACCUGGACGCCCUCGCCCUCCUCGGAUUGGGCGUCUCGUCUUUCGUCCUGGUCACCGGCUGUGCCAACAUGGUGCUCAUGGCCACUCUCUGGGUCCUCUACAUGUCCCUGGUCAACGUGGGACAGAUCUGGUAUUCGUUUGGUAAGUGGAAAUCAGAAAGUGACGCCGUGGGAGUUUGGCAUGUGUGUGGGGUAUGUACCCGUGCGCUUUUUCUGCCUCUCGCCUCGCCUGAGAGUCUGUCACCACGUUGGCCGAUGUCUGUGAUCGAACCUGGAGUCCUGGCCCACGCCGGCUUCCGUGCCCGGAGCGCCGGCCCGGCCGCGCUGAGUGCCCGGGAGGGACACCCCUGGGCAGAGGAGGAGCUCACCCAGGGCUGA